GUGGAGGAUGGAAUGAAAGUCCAGGUAGUUAUCAUUGGAUGGGCAUGCACAAUCUUGUGCUCGGUUUCGUACACUGCUGCCUUCUCCCAUGGUGCGAGUCUUUCCGCCUGUGGUGACAUGACACCCAAACAUAUAAGAGCUCAGCUUCAGAAUCCCCGGAACAACUAUAUCACUCUCCACACCAAUAUGUCCUUCUACUUUCCAGGUGAUAAGGUACCAGUGACAGUGAGGAGCUCUCGGGAUUUCAUGGGCUUUUUGCUUCAAGCUCGCAGGGUAUCUAAUGAUCAAGUUGCUGGCACUUUUGUUUUCAUUCCUCCGGGUUCCAAACUGCUGACUUGUUUUGAAGAUGGCGAUUCUGUAACCCAUUCUGACAAGUCACUGAAGAGAAACCUGUCAUUUGUGUGGAAGGCACCUGCCCAGCCCAUUGGAGACAUCAAGUUCUUUUUAUCGGUAGUCCAGUCAUAUUUUGUUUACUGGGUAAGGAUUGAAUCUGCUAUUGUGUCCCACCAAAUACAAAACAGAACACCUGCUGCUAGUAGCAAGAAGUCCAGCACUAUAAUGCCAACACCACUGCAGAAACCUACUGAUCUAAAAGUAACAGUUACAGCAAGCAAAGGUUCUGCUACACCCAACAGUAUUACUGUCUUUACUCAGUCUUCAAAAUUUAUGCCUGCCAGACUGACUAGAAUUGCAGUGACAAAAGUACUGGAGCCUGCUUUUGGAAGCAGACAAGACACAGAGCAACUUGAUAAGGGAAAGCAACAGUCUGAGACCUCUGUGGAUUCAGUAGCCUUGAGGGUCAGCAGCAGACAUGGAGGAGGGCAAGCCAACAGAAGCAGCAUCUACAGUGAUCAAAGUCUGGAGCCAUCACUUGAGUUUCAAGGGUUGGACAUGGCAAACAUCUUGCGAAGUUUCAUUUUACAAGCUUAUACCUCCAGCCCCAGCACACCUGAUGGACCACCAAGCAUCUCAGGUGCUUCCACAUCACAACUGUGUUUGACAUGUAAGGAAGAUAUACAGGAGGUUGCUGUGAAUUCCAACCAGGAGAUGACAAAACCUGUGUUGCAUGCUACUGCUUCACUUUCCACCCAGGUUUGGUACACUUACCUGCUUGCAGUUCCAGGCACAACGUCACAGCAUAGAGAUAGGGAAGCUGACUUGGAUGUCUCCAGCAGUUUAUCAUCAGCUUCAAGGCAGAUGGCAGAGAGGCGGUCAGUGACACAGAAGGCUUCAGCAAACUUCUUGCUGCAGUCAGAACAUGCAGUUUCCGGAGAGGAGGAGGAGAACCAAGAGGAGGUUACUGGAAAUACACUUCCAUGGGUGACCAGACCCAUGCCUGAUGCUGCUGUUCCUGGGAAAGGAGCAGAACACCCCAGAAAAGGGGGACAAUUCAUAGCAGCCCAACUUGGCAUUCUCCUUGGCUGUACAGCUGCCCUCGGCAUGGCCCUGGCUGCUGGGCUGCGCUGCAUCCAUGCCCAGUAUUGUCACAAGCGAACAGAAGUGUCCUUUAGUGAACCAGACAAUGAUGUCAUCACAAUGAGAGAGGGUGGGGAGAUGAUGCAAUUCAGGAAGAUACGGGAAAACAGCUUUGUGCUGGUGCAGGCCGAGUACAACUGGAUCAGCCCAUCAGGCAGUGGAAAAAAGACAGUCAUCUAAAAAUACCUGCAAAUCCUACAUAGUGCUUUAUAGAUUAGGUAGCGUCGUAUGUAGGGCAGAUGGUAAAAAUUAAUCGGAAUGUCUAACGUGAAUACAGGAAGCUGUUGUAGUGUAGCUCCUAUAUAUAACCAUCUCAGUAAAUAUACUCCAACUGAAAAAUGAUGGAAGUAGAUACAUGUUCUGAUCACAGUACAAAUGCAUGCAACUCAGUUACAGAUGUUAUGAAAAUUAGAUGUUCUA